GCCAUAUGGAAGUGUAGCUUUAUAAAAGCAAGGCGAAGAGAUGUGGAACAGCAUCAGUCAACUGCGACUACCCAACUUCGAGACAUGAAAUCCACAUUUGCUCUGCUCAUUGCCGCCGUGGUGUGCGUUAGCGUACUCCAUGCGGCGCCCCACUCUCUAAGAAAUUUGAAUAAGCGUCAGGCUACCGCUGCCACCGCACCUGCCAAAUCCGAGCCGGCGGCCGCUGUCGCUGCUGCUCCGGCCAAAGUUGAAGCUCCGGUUGCCGCGGCUCCUGUUGUCGGUGCAGCUGAACCCGUUGAGGAAGCUGAGCCGGUUGAAGUUGAACCUGUCGAAGAAGCCGAACCGGUUGAAGCUGAGCCCGCUGAGGCUGCCGAAGCAGAGGCCGCUGAAGCAGAGGCUGCCGAAGCCGAAGCUGGAGCUGCAAGGAGGAAACGACAGGCUACUCCAGCUGCUGCCGCAGCUCCUGCCAAAACCGAAGCUAAGGCCGAAGCCCCCGCUCCCGCUGCUCCCGUUAAAGCGGCAGUCGACGCUAAACCUGUCGAAGAAGCCGAGCCAGUAGAAGCUGAGCCCGUCGAAGAAGCCGAACCUGUUGAAGCCGAACCCGUUGAAGCCGAACCCGUUGAAGCUGAACCUGCUGAGGCUGAACCAGUCGAGGCCGAGCCCGCUGAAGCUGAAGCUGGAGCCGCAAGAAGGAAACGUCAGACUGUCACCGCUGAAGCGUCCGCUGGAACAUCUGCCACCGCCGGAACUGGAGCCGCCGCCGAUGCCACCGCAGCUGUUGCCACUCCCGCUGCCGCCGCUCCAGUUGCUGCCGCUCCCGCACUUCCAGUCGGCAAUCCAUUCGAGGCUCCCAAGGACACACCUGAAGUGACUCAAGCAAAAGCAGCUCAUUUCGCCGCUCACGCCCAGAUCAAAGCGGCCCAAGCUGCUGCUGGUGCACCUGGCGCUGCUCCCGCAGUUGCCGCUCCCGCCGCCGCUGCAGUCCCUGCCGCCAAUGCGGAGCCGGUCGAAGAGGCAGAGCCCGUUGAGGUGGAACCCGUCGAAGAAGCCGAGCCAGUCGAAGCCGAGCCAGCCGAAGCCGAAGCCGCCGAAGCCGAAGCCGCCGAAGCCGCUGAAGCCGAAGCUGGUGCCGCAAGAAGAAAGCGCAGCGCCGCUUAUUAGUUUCGGACCUUCUCGUCGCGUUAAACUCGCAGUCGUUCAGCCACUUUGGAUGUAAAAAAAAAAGGAAAAAAGAAAAAAAAGGAAAAAG